CUCUGAUGAUGGGUAGACCAAGGUGGAAACUAGCCCAAGUGCUAUCAAUCAAGUUUUCCUGGGCCACGAUUUAAUUAAUUACGACAACCCGAUGAUCUCUGGUGUUUAGAUGAACUGAAUAGCCGCGUGGUCAAACAGCCGAGAACCCAAGGAUAUAUGUAUAUAAGUCCUGUGUUGUAGAAACCAGAGUCGUCGCACUGCGGUAUCUUCAAGAACUCAUACGAUUAUAAGAGAACCCUCUAAUCACUGAUCAUAAAUCACCAAUACCACUCGAACAUCAUGGCUCCCGCGAUUGAUCCCCCGCAGACCGUCGAAUGGCAGGGCAAGAGAGUCCCCGUCUGGCCAAUGCAGACAGUCGAUUAUGGACUACUCCUCUCGCAGGAUCCCGCUGAAGUGGAUAAGGUGCUCAAGGCUUGCCUUGAGGACGGGUACUUCUACCUCGACCUUCACAGCAUCGACGGCCAUAGAAUGCUCGGCGACCAACAAGAAACCCUCAAGCUCAUGCACCGCUUCUUCGAGUCGCCGAUCGAGGCCAAGAAUGAAUUUGGGCUGAUUUCUUCGCAUCUGGGCUAUGAGCCGGUGGGUAGUCGCACAGGCGCAUUUGGAGCGGGAACCAAGGACGGAUAUGAGAUGCUGAAGGUAUCCCGAGAUGAGAUCCAGAGGGGUAGCCCCAAGGUCCCGGCUGUGAUCAAGAACAGUGGCGAUCUUCAGGUCUUGGAGAACGCCAUCGGCAGCUGCAACACCAUCACCAAAGUCAUUCUCUCGGCUCUUUCCACCGGAAUGAACCUGACUGGAGCCUCACGCUACGAGAACUCGCAUCGCAAUGACCGGCCCUCGACCACCACGCUCUCUAUGAUGCACUACCUCCCCUCGGACGUGACCGGCAACAACAAGAUCGGCCAUCAGAAACACACCGACAUCAGCUCGCUGACACUGCUCUUCAGCGAGCAGUGGGGUCUUCAGAUCCGCCCACCAGGGACAUGCGGCGCCCGUGAGAUGGGGUUCGUUGCCCCUAAGCCGGGUUGCGCUUUCGUUCACGUCGGCGACUCGCUCCGAUUUGCGAGUGGAAUGAAGAUGCAAUCGUGUAUCCACCGCGUUGUGCCCUUCGACCCAACUGAGCACCGUUACUCGAUCGCCUAUUUCCUCCGAGCUGAGGACGACACCAUGUUCGUGGACAGCGAGGGGCGCUACGUGACAGCUGGGCAGUGGCACGAUGAGAAAUUCAAGGCAUUUACCGAUCCGUGGCAGUGGCAGGCUAUGGCUCCCGGGUCGAUGAUUCUCGGAGGCAUGAAGGAGGCUGGAGAGGAUGACCCCACGGGUGAGCCGGUUGCCUUUGCGCCGAGCACUGCCGUGGCGAAGGAGGUAGUCAAGGAGGUAUCUGUGCACGCAUAAGGUAGUUAGCUUGUACGAAUCAACCUCGAAAUAUAAAAUUGAGGGGGCUUUACAGGAUAACCUCUUCUCAUCGCAGCUAAAUGCAAGGUUAUAUUGAACUUAUGGUUCUAGUGUUCUGCUCGGU